ACAAAUGAAACUUGUAGGCCACGUGGUAAACCACCCCAUACCGUGCUGCCAAUCACCACCGUUAGAUCACCCCCCAAAAAAAAAAAGUUUCAUAGAAUAGUGACCCAUCGACGGCCUUUUCUGAUUAGAUUAUACACUACAAUCCAAAUAACAAAAGCUCACACCAAAAUCACAUGUACCGACGGCUGUAAACAUACAAAAACCCCCUAUAACGAGAACAUGCGCCGCUCGUUAAAUAUUUGCACAAAUCAGGAGACAUUGUAGUCUUAUAUUAAAAGCAACAACAGGAAAAUUCAUAAAGAAGACACAGGGACUUGCAUGAAAAAAAACAAAAAUGUGAAUGUCAUGAACAGAAAUAGCAAGAAGUUAUCCAACUGUAGCUGAUGUUAGAAUAAUAAAUGCCUUUCAUAGGCUCUCCACCCCCAUCACAUUCAAUGCCCUUUUAACCACCCUACUUCUUGUCUCGUCUUGUCUUCUCCAUUUCCUAAGCCGGGAAACAUCAAACCGUUUCCAAAGUUCCAACCUUCGGGAGAAGAAGAGGGAAAGCUUUGUUUUCUACCUUAACCCAACAAAGCCACCUUUUUUGUGAGUAAAACUAUAGCUUCUAUUUCCUCAAAUGGGUUGCUGUGUAAGCACUAACAGAGGUCCCCCUCGUGAAAAGGAAGCUGAUUUACAACAGGGUCUUGAAUCUUUUCAGCAAAAACCAAGUCUUGAAAGCAGAGCUCCACCACCUUCCGCUGAAGAAGAAACUGUGAAAGAAGUUUUGUCUGAAACUCCAAAAGCCAAAGCUCCCACAGCUCACAUCUUUAUCCCACAAGAAAAAGAGAAGAAGAAAACCCAGAUAGAAAAACCAGCCUUUGUCAAGAUCCAAGAAAAGGAAUGUCUCAAUUUUAACAUCAACACUGAGCCGAAAUCACCUGUCGUUGAAGAGUCCGCUUCAGAAGAUGUUUCUGAGAUUUGCAGUGUUAGUUUAAAUGAAAGCUUUUCAACCAUAACUGAUAGAAGAGAUGAAGAAGAAGUAAGGCAGCAAAAAGUGUCGAGAUCGCCAGCAAGAUCCGGGUCAACGAACAGGGUCGUGGGUCGGUCACCGACCCGGAAACUUGACCAAUCGCCUGGCAGAAAAAAUGGGGUUGUCAAUGGGGGAUCAUCAGUGAGGUUGGUUCAAAGCAGGGAACCCCCAGUUAGACAGGGGUCAAGAACUGACCUGCCAAGGAAGGAUCCAGGAGAGAGUUCAAGGCGGAGGUCAAGGUCACCUGCUGUGAAUACAACUGUAAGGGGUCGGAGCCCAUCUGGAAGAAGGACUAAUCAAUCUCCUGGUAGGGUCAGACGUGACCCGAGGGAGUGUGGUAAUAGCAAAAAAGUGGAGCAGAAGCAGCAGCAUGGUACUACAACUGCCAUGGAAGGGAAAUGGCCAAGUAGCAAUAAUAAUGUUGCUACAACAAGUGCUCCAAAUGAAUCACUUGAAAAUCCUCUUGUCUCCCUUGAAUGUUUCAUCUUUCUCUAGAGAUGAAGAAAUGUAACUUUAAGUUCAUUUUGUAAUUUCACUUCUUUUUUCAGUUUGUUAAUAUUGAUUUAAGUUAAAGGUCAAUCCGAAGUUGGAUUGGAAGGGUAGACUUUGGUGUUUAAGUUUGGUAUUUUUCAGAAUUCAGAGCUGAGGAGAGUGUGGGCUCGUCUUGUCUGCCAUUGGUGGAUUUGGAAAUUUGGAUACUUGGAUAGGAAAUGCCUUUCAAUUGACCUGUGACUGUGAUUAUCAUUUAUUUAUUUUGCUAUUGUAUUUUCUGGUAAUAUUUUCUACUCUUCUUUGCUGCUGAGGAAAAAGGGUUGAACGUUGCAUUUCUGCAAACAAUGAUUCAAUCCGGUACCAAAUCAUUGCUCCUUUUCCCUCUUUCUUUUUCCAAAGGCUUU